CACCAGCCGAAAGGCCACUAGACUGUAACCAAAUAAAUAAUAAAACCAUACCACCCAUCACCGCAGAAUCUAAAAUGCCACUAAAUAACCCCAGAAAAAAAGUUAAAACCCCCCGAAACUCGACUUUGUCCUCUCCUAGCUAUAAUUCCAUUGGUAAAGAUAAGGAAAAUAUGCCCCUAAAUCAUACCAACAAAAACAGUGGCAGCUUAAAUAAGCCCACACUCCCCACGGUUAAUAGUAUUAGCACUCACAACGUGCUAAAUCGCACCGUGGCACACACUAAUAUCCAAUGUCACAACGAUGUCACCCUCAAUAGUACAAGUGGUAAUAGUCAGAACUCGGCUACCAACAACUCAGGGUCUUCAGAGUAUGGCACACAAACAAAUUUCGACCGGAUAUAUGGUACAAGUCUGCUGGGAACUAACCCACAAUGCAGUACACACGAAACCCACACAAGGACACAACUAGCAUCAAACAAUAGGUGGAAUAAUAAGCCAUGGUCAUCACAAGGAUCCAAUCAUUUUUUAUCCCCCGCGUCCCUGUCAGCGUUGAAAAAACAGCUGGUAGGGAUGUUAACACUCCUAAACCACUAGUGCUGGCUCCCUCCUUGCAUGAAAACAGGAACGGUCUAGUGCACCCGUAUCCAUUGGACACACUUGACACUUGCACAAGUAUAGGCCAAAUAAAGAACCCUACCCACUUCUGUAACCUAACUAAAAAUAAAAGUUCCUUAGUCUAUAGCAAAUCCAGUACUCCAACUCCUAAUUCUCCACCGAAAACAGCACACAACAACUCGAUAGACAUAGGUGAGCAUGAUGCUGGAACUCCUCUUAACAUAGGAUCGUCAUGUCCAGCAGAACUACUGGGUGCUGAACCAUAUUCGGGGCUGACUAACGAACUUAAAUACUUCAAAUGCUACUUCAACUCUCAUCUUUACGUAAUCCUCAUAAAUGCUAGAUCUGUUCUAAAUAAAUUGCCGAUGCUCAGAGCACUCACAGUAAUAUACAAACCCCCUGUAAUUGUCAUCACUGAAUCUUGGUGUCAUUCGGACAUCCUGGAUGAAGAAAUAAGCUUAGAUAACUACACACACUUUCGGUGUGACAGGGAAGGUGGUAAGGGAGGGGGUUGUCUCAUGUACUUUCUGAAUGCACUUACUGUAUCACAGCUAGAAAGUAGUACACUUAACAUGCCUGAGACUCUAUGGGUUAAUGUACACUUAAAUAACGUAACAGCAUUAAUUGGAUGCUCCUACAGAGCACCUGGCACCUUUAGUAAUUACGAGACCCAACUCAUUAAUACUCUGGAGCAAUUAACCGACUUACAAUACGAUCAUAAGAUCCUAUGUGGGGACUUUAACUUACCUGAAAUCAACUGGGAUAUACCCACAGGUCCAACUAAAUUUGAUAAGUUCUUAGACACACUGGAUAUACUUGGCUGGAAACAAACUGUCACUACUCCCACAAGAGGUAACAACGUACUAGACUUAAUCUUCUGCCACAAUAUAAGCCCCCUUUCAACGCUAGUAGGUUCUGAGUUCCCAGGGAGCGACCACAAAACAGUAAUGUGUGCACUGCCAAUUCCGCUGAGUAGCAAUGCAUCUCAUACCUCCACUUCACAACAAGUAAUAUAUAGGAACUAUAGUAAGGCAAACUGGGCCUUAGUUGAAUCGAUGCUAAGAUCCUCCAAAUGGGAUGAAUACUUCACUACUGAUGACCUAUCGAGAGCCCUAACCAUCUUCUACCAUAACUCAAACACAUGCUUAGAUGCUGUCAUUCCACUCCAAACACUAAAGGUUUCCCCACACAGAAAGUCAUUCAUAAAACCAAAGGAUCGUAAGAAACUGAAGAAACUCUCAACAAGUUACUUCAAACACCACGACUUUGGCACUCUAGGUCUAAUACUUAAAACCCUUAGCUCCAUCACACAAGCUCAAGAUUUCCGUAUGAGAAAGGAAGAACGCAUCGCAGUAGCCAGUCCUGCUAGAGUGUAUGCACUCACAGAAAUCUUAAGGAAGCGAAUGAAUCGCAAAAAUCACAGCAUUUCUCUCCUCAUAGACAAAGGCAGGCUAUGCACUAACUCUGCAGACAUAUGUGAACUAUUCAACAAAACGUUUGCAGGUAACUACCUUAAGCCCUCAGUCCAGCUACUCGAUAUACACCCUAUUACUAAAAUGGCACCAACUCCACUGACACCAAACCAAAUUAGCACUGUUCAAUUCACUUACGCUGACAUUAACCAAACUAUAAGAACCCUCAAAAGUUCAAAAGGUUUCGGUACCGACGGUAUAUCAUCUUACUUCUAUAAAUAUGGUGGCCCUGACAUUCCUCUACUACUGCUUAAAAUAUUCACAAUGUCCCUAGAAACCCAAACUUACCCUGACAUAUGGAAGACUACAUUCAUUAUGCCUAAACACAAAUCUGGCUCGAAAACUGAAGUCAGUAACUACCGGCCAAUCAAUAUCACACCUAUAGCAUCUAGAAUCAUGGAGAGACUAGUCAAAGAUAACUUAAUCAAACAUAUGCUUAGCUGCAACAUCAUAAGUCCGAACCAACAUGGAUUCCUGAAAUCCAGAUCAUGUUUAACAUGUCACCUAGACUUCUUCAAUUUUGUAACCAGCAGUCGUGACAGACGGCAACUAGUACUUGUCAUCUACUUUGACAUUUCUAAGGCAUUUGACCGUGUUGACCAUUUACUGCUAACAAAUAAACUGAACUCCUUAGGAAUACGUGACCCAUUAUUAGGAUGGCUUAAAUCAUUCCUUAACAAUAGGUCCCAAAUAGUUAAACUCGGGUCUGCAACCUCCAAACCUAGCCCUAUCACUUCUGGUGUAGUACAAGGUAGUGUCAUUGGACCCCUCCUAUUUACACUAUACAUCAAUGACAUAUGCGCUUGCUUCACGCACGGGAAACCAUUCAUCUUUGCAGAUGACCUAAAAGUAGCUUAUACAUUCCAACGUGAUGACUUAGGGAACUUCGAGAAUGUAGUACAGAAGGAAUUAGAUAAAAUGGCUGCUUGGUCGUCCCUAUGGAAUCUCCAAUUUAAUCUGAACAAAUGUGGCUGGAUCUGCUUCGGUGCACCCUCAAUUGACCUGAAAUUAACGCUCCAAUCUGCUAACCUAACAAGACUCCGAAGUGUCGUUGACCUAGGCUUGAGGUACUCUAGUGACUUGACAUUCUCAGAGCAAGUAGCAUCACAGACUAGAAAAUCGAGGAUGCUCUUAGGAUGCAUACUCAGGAACUUUCACGACAAUGAAGCCAAGCUAAUUCUGUACAAAACAUGUGUCAGACCACUACUAGAAUACUGUCCAUUUAUUAUAAGCAGCACUCGCACACGCGACAAGCUAAGGAUGGAAAGUAUCCAACGAUAUUUUACCUCAAAACUGCUUGGCUACGAUUGUAAGAAAGACUACAUCUCACGGUGCAUGAUCCUAAAACUCGACCCACUUUGGACAAGGCGACUUAUUAUAAACCUAAUAUUCUUCUUUAAGGUCCUUCACAAAAUAUCUUUCUCAGGUAACAGGGACAUACAAUUCGCACAGGAAGGUUCUUACGAUCUGCGUAACCAAACUUCCACAGUGACAACUCAUUCUUUUAAGUCAACACUCCGUGAAAACUUCUUCACAGUCAUGUAUUCUAAAAUAUGGAAUAGCCUACCCCUAGAUAUCAGAACUUGCUCUUCGGUUACAAGCUUCAAACGCUCUCUAUACAGACUGUUUCACUCUACAGAUUAUAUUAAUAAACUAUUUACUCCUAGAACGAAUCAAGCACUAAUCUACUACAGCACCUAAAAGACGCACUUCAACACCCUUAGCAAUCUUUAAACUAUAAAUAAACUAGCAGCAUGGAUGCAUAAAGACAUAGUACGGAACAUACAGGAUUAGUUUACCCUUAGAAAUAGGACCUAUCCCUCAUUGUAACCUUCAAACGCUUGCUAUAUAAACUGUUUUGUCCAAAUGACUAUCCCUACCAGAACCCAUCACUUAUUUCUAAAACGCAUCAGUCAUUAGAACAAUAAAACGCUCAGACUCAUUAAUACACAUUAUGACAUUAAAUAAACUCUAAGACUUCGCAUAAAUACGUGAAAACAAAUACAAUAUAGAAAAAUGUUUACUUAAGUAUAAUUAAGAUAAACAUUUAUAAAUGCAUCAUAUAUAAAUGUCCUUUUCAUGUUCACAUACUUUCUCUUUCUGGUAUUUUGCUGCUCCUAUUCAUCUUCUGGUCGAGGUCGAACAACCCUGCAUCUAAACUGAAAUGAGGAUUAAUUCCAAACCGUCUAUCUCAUAACCACUCAAAUUCCAUGAACGAUCCAAUUCUACCAUUUGAAGACGCUGGCGAACAUGCUGUAAAUGAGUAUUCAUGAUCUGAAAUGAAGAAGCAACUGGUUUUCAAACAGUUUUCAACAUUUUACUCAACUUACGAAUACAGUCCGCCAUGCAGACACAAAUGGAGCAAAUGGAGAAUUCUGGAAUCGACCUCGGCACCAUUUGAUGCAGUAAAACAACCCAACAUGACCUUAUCUAGUUUUCGUAUCCACGAUCAAAUUUCUUUCCUGUUAUAAAACUACGAUAAGACUACUGAAAAAAUGGAAUAAAUAUAUCACUGAUCUCAACAUAAUACAUCAAUAAUCUUUAAGCCAAGGGUGCUGUUCACAACAAAGUUAUAUAAGAGAAUUGACUUCAAGCUUUAUUUUUCCCAGAUAUUUGUAUUACAUUCAUCUGAUGUCUGGGUUUUUUGUUAAUGCGAAGACAAUAUUUCUAUAUCUCUUUAUGUGCUACACAAACAGACUUUAUAGCAGACUGUUCCGACUGACUUUGAUGUCAGAAAGAACAACCAAACUGUAAAUCCAUUAUACAUCAAAUUUUGUGUAAUUUAUAUAAUAACUUAUCCAUGCCUGUACAAUUGGUAUGUUCCUGCAUAAACAGGAAGAA